AUGGAACCCUCACCCUCGCCCACGUCCCAGCCCAUGACCAACUUCAAGGUAAUCAUCGUCGGCGGCUCAAUCGCAGGCCUCACGCUCGCCCACUGCCUCGCCAGGCUCCCGAACGUGGACUUUGUCGUCCUGGAAAAGCGAGCGGAAAUCGCUCCCCAGGAGGGCGCCUCAGUCGGUAUCUUGCCGCACGGUGGACGCAUCCUCGAUCAAUUGGGCCUGUUUGAGGAGAUUCUCAGACAUGUUGAGCCACUGACUACAGCGCAUGUUUCGUACCCGGAUGGGUUUCGCCAUACCAAUCGGUCCCCCACGGUGCUUCUUGAGCGGUUCGGAUUGCCCCUGGCGUUCCUGGAACGGCGCGUCCUUUUGGAUAUUUUGUAUACAUCUCUACCGGAUCCCUCGCGGGUGCUUGUUGGAAAAAGCGUUGUCUCUGUAGAACGGGAGCAUGACGGUAGGAACGGUAUGACUGUGCGAACGCAUGACGGAUGCACUUAUCAUGGCGACCUUGUCGUCGGCGCGGACGGAGUGCACAGCCGAGUUCGCCGGGAGAUGUGGCGUCUUGCUGAACUCGAGCGGCCGGGUCUCAUCACAGCACAGGAGAAGAGUGGCCUGACCGUCGACUACGACUGCAUCUUCGGUAUAUCAGACUCAGUGCCAGACCUCCUUCCCGGAGAGCAGAUAGCGAGUCUUCACGACGGAAGAUCGUUCCUCACGUUCCCCGGCAAAGACGGCCGCGUGUUUUGGUUCCUCCUCCGAAAGCUCGACAGGCAAUACCCGUAUAGCUCUGCACCGCGAUGGUCGCCGACGAACAUGGAGAAAGCCGCUGAGCAGUUUGCGGAGGACCAUAUCUGGAAUGGAGUUCAGUUCGGCCAUCUCUGGAAGCGGAGACGCGUUAUUGGUAUGACGAACCUUGAAGAAGGGGUGUUUCCCACAUGGCACUGCGGCCGUGUCGUUUGUAUUGGUGAUAGCAUGCACAAGAUGGCACCGAAUACAGGGCAGGGCGCCAACUGCGCAAUUGAAGACGCCGCUGCACUUGCCAACGCCCUCAGCAUGGCCACCAAACUCGACUCCUACCCAUCUCAAGCAACAAUCCACUCCCUUCUCGAAUCGGUCAAUAAAACCCGGCUGGCGCGGGUCCAGGAAAUCUACAAAUCCGCCCGCCUGGUCGUCCGUCUCCACGCGCGCGAGAGUCUGGCACUGCGACUUGUGGGCCGGUAUUACCUCCCGUAUUCCGGAGACCUCCCAGCAGAUACCGCGUCGAAGCUGAUCGUGGGAGGGGAGCAAUUGAGAUUUUUGGCCCCAUCGCGGCGGGCGGGGUCCCGAUGGGACGAGUAUCGCAGGAAGAGCAGCCGGAGCUACGUGGGGCUUCUGCUGACCCCAGGCGGGGCAGUGCUGGUACUUGUUCUGGGCCUCGUUGGAGUCUGGAAUUUUAGGCUAUUUAAUUAUCUUUGA